GUGUGUGUGUCGCUGCAGCCAGCGAGUCCGUAACCGGCUGGGACCUUCGUCGCGUACUUGGCGUCACAGGUUGACGUCGCCGUAAGUUCGGCAUGUACAGGUCAGCGGUACUAGCCGCGGCUCUAUUAGCGCUCUUUGUGGAGAGCGACGCAGAGACUCAUCUAUCGUCGGAGAGUCUCGGAGUCAGCUACGAGUUCAAGUUACACGUAGACGCCGGCAAGGAGGAGUGUUUCUAUCAAUAUGUUGAGCAAAACGCCUCGGUCUACGUUUCCUUCCAAGUUAUACGGGGCGGAGAUGGCCACGCUGCCUUUUCUGUCACGGGUCCGUCCGGUCAUGUUCUACUGCCCUACGAGUGGAAAACGUCUGCGGAUUUCGAGGAGCAAGAAGCGCCGAUCACGGGCCACUACACACUAUGCAUAGACAACAGUCUUUCACAUUUCGCCGAGAAGCUCGUCUCGAUCUAUUUCAACUCCUUCAUAAAGGAAAACUGGAAUCAAUACAUCGCCGAAAUCGAGCAACACGGUCUCGCCGUCAGCAAUUUCACGACGACCAUCGAAAAACUCGAAUCGAAUUUGAACGACAUCUCCAAAUACCAAGAACACACGAAGAACACUCUAGUGGUCGAUUGGUACCUCCUGAAAGGGAACAAUUCAUGGGUUCUGUAUUGGUCGUUAUUGCAAUGCAGUGUUAUAAUUUUAGUUACGGCCGCACAAGUUUACUUCAUCCGGAACUUCUUCAGCGAUCCGAAAAGCGGUGGAAAAACGAGGAUCUGAGGAUAUUAACCAUGGUAUCCGAUAAACAUGCGAUACAGGCGUUGCUCAUCCUGGCGAGGAAAAGUGACGUCAUGUCGGCAGGAUGAAAUGCCGCGUUGGCACUCAUCGCGGCAAUCCCAUCUUCGACGAUGGAUCGAAGUCGGUGAUUUUAGAGACUGAACGGCUUCGAGGUGAAGGGGUGCGAGACGCGCAGGUUGUGCGAAAGACUGCGACUUGAAUGAGUUCCCGAGGCGAACUCCUAGAGGUUUAGUCCUGGGGAAGCGCGUGUUUAAGGAAGAAGAGGUCGAAGAAGGAAUAUAUAAUCGGAGGAGCCACGAAAGUGCCUUCCUUUCUAAUUGAAGAAACCUGCUCCCGUGAGGAUGUUCUACUGAUUUAGUUGAUGAUCUAUUGGAUUCGUAGAGAUUUUUCAAUCGCCAUGCCAAAAGCACAUAAUUGGGAGGCUGAAAAAGUUUUCCCAUGCACUGCGAUUAUGUCAAUCAUACCUGGAAUGGACUUAUCGAUGGACAAGUUGCGCUCUCCAGGGCUCUCAACGCGUUCCUUUUUUGUUUCAACCUCGAUGAUGAUGAGCAUCAAUACACAAAUGACGAACUGGGUGAUUCCGCCGCUUAUGUUUGCUCAAUCAAAGUUUGCCGCGGAGCCGAGGUUGAUCAUACUUCUUGCUAUCAGCCAGUUUAUUCCCCCCAAACAGAAUUGCGUUGCUGAGUCGAAGUAGGUAGUGUAAUUUCUUUGCUAAUCGCCCCUGGUGGCGACAAAGAUUCUCAUCAGAGUUUUCUGUGAUGAGCGGGGCGACCAGAUGGACGUGAUGUGUUCGCCUCGAACCCGUGGUGACUGGCAUGAAUGUAUGUAUGAGUGUAAGUCAGAGAUUGCGAUGAAUAAAUUGAG